AUGAACAGACUUGUGACCACAUAUCUUCCUGUUCAUUUCAUCGAGCGAACUCUCAAUCGCCAUCUUGAACGAAAAUAUGGCGGCACGCUUUCUCUUUCUUUCUGUUUGUUUUUCUCCGUCUUUCUAUUUUCUUCCCUUUACAUUGUCUUUCUCUCCUUCUCUUUGAAUAUUUUCCCUUUUUUUAAUCUUUCAUUCUUCUCUUCCUUUCUCUCUCUCUCUCUCUCUCUCUCUCUCUUUCUUCUCUUUUCUCUUUCUCAUAUUUUUUGUCUUCUUGCUACUUCUCUAUCACUUGUUCUCUUCUUCCUUUCUAUAUUUUCCUUUCUCUCGUUUUCUCCUCCUCUUCUUCUUUCUCCUUUUCUUUCUCUCAUUUUCUCUUAUUCCCCUUAUUUCACCCUCUCUCUCGCGCGCGUUUACUCUCUCCUUUUCUCUUUGUCUUAUUUUCUCUUUCUCUCUUUCUUUUUCACUCAUUUUCCUUUUUCUUAA